AUGAUCGCUCGCUCAUCUCGGCGUUGUCAUCGGCCGGAGAAUGAGCGUGGGACAUACUUCCCAUCCGGGGAAAGCAAGACGCGCUUCUCCCAGGCACGUGUUGUUGACGCCGUGAUGUGCCGAUGCGCGUCAUCGCCCUCCGCUUCUUCUCCUUCCCUCCCAUCUGCCUUUGGGCAAGCGAGCGACCUUGCGUCUGCUACGACCCGCACGAAUGACACGACGAAUACGAAUACGACCGAGACGACAGACGCUUGUGGGGCCGUGGGGAGUGUGGGCGUGGGCGUGGCUGGGGCUGGCGAGCGGGGUGAGGGCCGCGUAUUACCCGCUCUUCACGUACUCGGGCACGACGUUCUUCGACGGAUUCGACUUUUACGGGGCGAUAGACAAUACCACCUGGGCUUCCUUCCUUCCUGCUCCAUCGCCCUCUCGUUGUUUCUUUCACUCACGGCUAACGCUCCUCGCCCAUCCGUAGGCAACGUCUCAUACGUUACCCGCGCCGAUGCGACCGCCGAGUCGUUAGCAUACGUCAACGGGCGGGGCAACGCCAUCCUCAAGGUCGACAACACCACCACCGUCCUUAACGCCGGCACCGUGCAGAACCGCAAGUCCGUUCGCCUCACCACCAAGGACGCUUUCGACGUGGGCAGCCUCAUCGUUAUCGAUGUCUUGCAUAUGCCGUUUGGAUGCUCGGUGUGGCCGAGUAUCUGGAUGAACGGCGUGCUAGCGCCGGGCCAGGUGUGGCCAUCCGCGGGAGAGAUAGAUAUUAUAGAGGCGAUCAAUCUAAUGGACCAUAACCAAAUGGCCCUACACUCGUACGCGGGCUGCGUCCAGCCCCAAAACGUGUCGCAGCUUGGCAACACGCUGAAGCAUAACUGCAACGACACGACAUCCUCCGGCUGCACUGUUUCUGAAACGAAGCCCAACUCGUAUGGCACCGGGUUCAACAAUGCGAACGGCGGCGCCUUCGCCCUCCAAUUCGAUGCCGCGGGGAUAUUCAUGUGGUUUUGGAGUCGACCCAACAUGCCUAAAUCCAUCACAUCCGCCGCCUCCUCACCCACCGCCUCCAUUGAUUUGACCGACUGGGGUCUCCCUAGCGCUGCGUAUCCCGCAGGUCCAGGCGGGUGCAACGUGACGCAGUUCUUCCCUGCGCAGCAACUCGUCAUUGGUAUGGCCUUCUCCAAUUCCGUUUCAGUCUCCCCACCUUACUCCCAUUCUCAAGACAUCACGCUCUGCGGCCUCUGGGCGGGCGUCCCCGAUAUAUAUGCCCAGGACUGUCCUGGCACAUGCUUUGCCUCCAAUAUCGCGGGCAACGGUUCAAACUAUGCCAACGCAUACUUCGAGAUCCCAUUUAUAAAGACGUGGACGGUUAACCCCGCCAUCUCCGCCAGCGCGUCCGCCAGCGCGAGCUCCAUCGCGCAGACGACGGGGAGCGCUAGCGGGGCAGUCCCGAGCGGGAGCCAAGUCGCCGGCGCGGGCGGGCAGACGAACACGAGCAACACGAAUGCGGCAGGGAGUGUAGUGGGAGGCGCUGUGCUGGCGGUGAUUCUGGCGGCCCUUUCGCUGGCGUCCUUGCUGAUAUAG